ACGCACAUGAAGUACGCCAGUCAACUCACGAUCCCCCCGUAACUUCACGAAAACACGUUCGCUGAGGGAUAAUCUGAUGAGAUCGAAAGGCUCCUGGAUGCCCGACGAUGAAGGAUCCAUUGAAGUGCAGGUAAGAUGAGGUAAGCAGUGGCAAGUUGUCUUUCGAACUCAGACAGCUUCAAUCAAGUUGUACCCAACUCCUUCUUCCGCUAACAACAGUACCAGUAGCGACCUAGCCAUGCCGAAACACUACUGUGACUAUUGUGAUGUUUUUCUUACUCAUGACUCUGCUUCAGUGCGGAAAGCUCAUAACAGUGGAAGAAAUCACCUGGCAAACGUCCGAGACUACUACGCAUCGCUCGGCCAUGACAAAGCACAAAGUAUCAUCGAUCAAAUCACUGCAGCAUAUGAGAGUGGAGGUGGCCCUCCUCCAGGAGGAUUUGGGUUUGGCCCUCAUCAUCUAGGCGCACCUCCACCAGCGUUUCCAGGCCCUCCCAUGGGCUUCGGUGGUCCUCCCGGAGCAUUUCCGCCUCGUCCGCCUUUCCCGCCAGGACCCUUUCCGCCCUCGGGCAUGAUGGGACCACCAGGUGCCAUACCACCUUUCCCUCCUAGUGACGGCAUGCCACCUCCCGCAGCAAUGGGUCCUCCAGGCGGUUUCCCAGGCGGUCCCCCUCCAUUCCCUCCGAAUGGCCCUAAUGGCGGCGGACCUGGUGGCAGCAUGCCACCCUUCCCCCCACAUGGUAACUUUGGGCCACCGGGUGGUAGCCCGCCCCCACCAAACCAAAAUGAUCCCAAUGCGGGACCAGGCGGUAUGCAUCCUGACAGACUGAGAAUGAUGGCUGGCAGGUAAUCUUUGUUCGCCGUCUAUUGGGCCUCAAUUCUGCGGUGGGUUGUAUUUCUGGAAGGUAAAAUAUAGCUCUCCUUCCUUCCUGUGUCUUAUCAAAUACCUUGUUAUGUCGGUUUACUAGUUGUGUACCUUCAUUAACAUGAUCAUGAAGCAGAAGGUUUUGUGGCACAAAUUUGAGACUAUGUAUCUUACCCGUCUGCAUCGUGC